UGGGAAAAAAGUGCGAGCGAAACGGCAUCGAAGCUGGCUUUUCCUCCAUCACCAUGAACAACCCAUAAUUAUAGGCGGUAAACGAUAAGCAACGGCAAUGGCACAGAGGAAUCGUUCACAAGGACACGGCCCAGCUCUCACACAGCGAGAGCGGAAGCUGAGAAAGGCGCCACGGGCUGAAGAUGCUGUUCCAGAGGAGCCAGAAGGACACGUUGAGCCGAAGCCAGCAGAUGCUGCCUCUUCACAGGCAGAGCUCUUCCCCCAGGAGAGGCUCCUCAUCUGGUUAUCAGGCUUUGUGAAGAACCACUUCACCACUGACAAGUUCAUCCAGCUGUCUGUGCUGGCGUUCUCGGCACAGCAAGCGUACCUGUACCACGAUGACUCGUACCAGUCCGCUGAGGACGUGAACCUGUUGAUAUCAACAGCAUGUGGCGUCGUGGCUCUACUAGCCGGCGUGGUCAUUGCCUUCCGCGUGAAGUCUCAGAUGAACAGAGACACAGACCCUUGGGACGCCAUGCCGCCAUGGAACACGAUCUACCUGGUGUUUCUGCCCUUGAUGAUCCCCUACGUGUUGAAGAGAGAGCUGAUGCUGUACAACUCAGCCUUCAUGACGUCGGUUCUGGAGCUGCCAGCCUUUGCCAAGUUCGUCAUCCAGUGCUCUCUGAUAGGCUCAAACACCCAGCAUCCUGAUGUGAUGGCGAACGCAAAGGUUGUGGCUUUGAACCUGGCGGCUCAUUACAUUCUGGGCAGAAUCUCGGAGUUCAGGUCGCUGGACAAGAUUGAAGUCACGCUCUUCGCCACACUCAUAACUGAUCUAUUCCUUAUUGAGUCAGAGGAGCUGUACGUGAUUGUCCUACAGAGACUGUUCAUCGCCUACGCGCUGGGCCUGGGCUCAGUGUACGGGAUCGUCCAGCUGUGGAAGGAGAACACUCUGGCGAGAAGCGUGCUCGUGCUGGCCGUAUGGGGAACAGUGUUUGUAGCCUCGUCGCUACUUCUUCUUGAGCCCGUGUUCAACGCCAAUGCACUAUACUGGCUUGUGGAUUACAUUCAGAUGUCCCAGACCAGGUGCUACAUUGUUGGUGUCUGGAGCACUUCGUUGUUGCUGCUGAUUCCAACGGUGUUCAACUACAAGAUCAAGCUGUCUCAGAACUCACGUCGCAAGAUCUGGCACUUCCUUGUUCUGGUGUUGAUUGCACCAUUUUUACACAUGGAUCCUGAUUUUGUCAAGCUGGCCCUCGCUGGUACCGUUAUCCUCUUUCUGAUUGUUGAGAUGGUGAGAUACUUGAAGCUGAAACCGUUUGGCGAAGUGCUAGACGCUCAUUUGAGAGAAUUUGCCGACUUCAGAGAUGAGAGGGGCCCCAUCAUCAUCUCUUACAUAUACCUGUUCGUGGGCAUCACGUUGCCAAUUCUGUUCGACAAUAGCGUUGUGGGACUAGUUGUUCUUGGAGUUGGAGACUCGCUGGCAUCCAUAGUGGGCUCCAAAUGGGGUGAGAUCCAUUGGUCGAACUCGACAAAGACGCUGGAAGGCACCAUGACCUUUAUCCUAUCGACAUUCACGAUUUGCUCACUGUUCAAGUUCCUUGACUGGUUCUUCAUCGACAAGUCGUACUACGCACUGUUGCUGACGUGCACUCUAAGCGGACUACUGGAGGGCAACAGCGACAUGAACGAUAACAUCAUGAUCCCAGGAUUCAUGGUUGUCACGUUGGAAUCUUUGAACUGAGUACAGUCACCACUUCCGUCGUGUAAUAUCGAACAUAUCAUAACGUUUAAACAAGUGCAAGAAACCACAACUAGAGCUUAUAGAUGUAUGUAAGAAACAAUGUAUAUAUAUCAGGACGUUGACGUCGACACAAUGGCCUCUGCAGUGUGCGCAGCCUGUG